CUUCCUGCUGUAAAAUUGCUUCACUUGUUUGCGCACAAACGUCGCAGAAAAGUUGCAGAUUUAGCGUUUUGCAACCAACUGUAGUUGCAAAAUUCGCGUUUGAUUUACAUUUUUGAAAGAUCGAGUAAGACUUCGGCAGAUUAUCUACUCCCACUGGUAGAACGACAAUAACUCUGCUCAAAAUUCAACUUCAAACUUGUCCAAAGUUCGACUAAUUCAACUCUAAUGGUGAUGAAACGACAAGGCGAUAGAGACAGAGAUAGCCCGACGAGGAUGAAACGCAAUAGGGGGAGAAGUCCAAAUAGACGAUCUUUUCGGGAAUUGAACAGCCCGGAGUAUCGUGAUCGGGAUGCAAGAUUCUCGAGCCGAGAUGCGAGAAGAAACAUCUCUCAAAACCGAAGGAGGUCCCCGUACCCCUCCCCCAAGUAUUCUCCUCCUGUUGAGGCAUCGCGAGGAAGAAGGGGGCGUGAUUAUGAAGAAUACUACACCACACUUAUGGUGCAUAACUUUAGUUCAAAGCUCAACAGCGAUGACAUAGAAGAAAGCCUUUACUACGAGUUUAAGAAAUUUGGAGAUGUGAGUAUUAGAGUGACAACGGACUCCUACGGGGAAAGAGUUGCCUACGCCACGUUUAGAAGCUCUGAUAGUGCUAGAUCGUGCAAGAAUGCCAAAGGUCAUCUCGUCAUGCAUGAACGUAGAUUAUCCAUUGAUGUUGUUCAUGAUGAACCAAGUAAUAGAUACUCACCAAGAAGAACUCCACCAAGAGAGAAAGUAAGAAGUCCUCCAAGACAGCGAUCUCUACCUAGAUCACCUGUAAGAAGACAAUCUCCUCCACCGAAGAAAAGUUACCAAAGAGGAAGAUCACCUCCACCAAGAGAACGCUAUCCAGCAAGGGAACGACCUUCGUACAGGGAAACCAGGGAUCGCUUCUCACCCCAGGAGCGUUCUCGUGGCCGCCAUGAUUCUCCUGACUUAGUCUCACCAAGAGAGCGAAGGAACUACUCUCCAGAUAAUCGGAUUUCUCCUAGAGAACGUAGCUUUACACCACGUAGCUCGUCUCGAGAAAAAUCAAGGACGCCGGUAGAAAAACAACGAGUUGAAUCAAAAGAAAAGAAUUCAUCGAACCAUGAUUCAAACACUGAUGAAAAAUCCAAGAAAUCGACAGAAAAUACUCCUCAGUAUAAUCAAGCAAAUCAAAAUCAGAAUAAUAUGCCCCCUGGAGGUAUGGGCUUUGGUAUGCAAAUGGGAAUGCCUCCCUUUCAUGACCCCAACUAUUUUCCACCUGGCAGUUUCAUGGACAAGGCAAUUCCACCAGAAGAUGACCCAUAUGCAACAAGAACUUUAUUUGUGGGGAAUUUGGAACCUGAUGUCUCAAACUAUGACAUUCGGAAAGUUUUUGAAGUUUAUGGAAGAGUGGAUGACAUUGAUGUGAAGCGAGCAGCAAGAGGUCUUGGCUCAUAUUGCUUUGUUCGCUUUUCAAAUCUUGAUCAAGCUUACAAGGCUAAGAUAUCACUCAACGGUAAAGCUGUGAUCAAAAAUGUGGUUAGGGUGGGUUAUGGCAAAGUCAUGCUUUCUUCUAAAGUGUGGGUGGGUGGUCUUGGAUCAUGGACCACUUUGUCGGACCUAGAACGAGAAUUUGAUAGAUUUGGUGCAAUUCGGCGCAUUGAUUUUCGCAAGGGAGACACAAGUUCUGCAAUUCUCUAUGAAACUAUUGAUGCUGCACAGGCUGCAUGUAAUCAAAUGCGUGGCUUCCUUAUGCCAAAUGCAGAAACUAGACUUCGGAUGGAUUUCCUAGACCCUGAGCCUGGAAUGCCAGGGUAUGAAGCUUUUUCUGAGUGGGGAAGACAUGAUAACAAAAACUAUGAAUCUAAUUCACAGAAAUACAACAAUUCAAAUGAUCGGUAUCAGGACAAGAGGAAUAAUUCUCGCUACAGAGGCCGCAAUAUAUUUGUUGAUGAGAAGCCAAAUAAAUCUCGUAGCAGAAGAAGCAGAUCACCAAGACGAAGAUCAAGAGAUCGUAGUAGAGGCUCUUCUAAUCACCGUGGAAAUGAGACGGUCUCGAAGGAUAUAAAAGAAAGUGAAAUGACAGCUAUGCAGUACAAACAUUUCCAUGCCAAGUCCUGCUACUCGCUACAUGACUUAUGCCAAUGCUUUGACCCCCCAUGUUGGCAGGGUGGGUUUGUGUUAAAAAACAUUGCAUUCCCUGUGCUGUUUUUCUUUCUAGAUGGAGACAUGGGUGUGUUUAACACCACGACUGCAGACCCGAACAGUCCAACAGGAAGACAAACAAUGUUCCAUCUAACCCAGCGACUUAAACUGAACGAAGAAAAAACAAAGGAAGUUUCACGGCGAAUGAAAUCUUGUGUAAACAGAACAUGCUUGAUUGUUGCUGUUCCAGGAGUGCCGGAAAACUUAAAUACAACUGGAACCAUCAGUGGUCCAGUGCCUACACAACACAAGCCACUACGGGGACUUGUAAAAUACUUUAAAGAAAAGGAAGCUGCUGGUAUCGUAUCUGUACCAGCAAUUACAACAGACACACCGAAAGAAUGGGAUAAAACAAGUUACAAAGAUCGACCACUGUCUGGUGUUUUACAUUUAUUUCCUCCCGGUCCAUUCGCUCACGAACAGUUGUUAAGAAUUGGUCCUAAUUUGCAACCGCAGUAUUUCGCUGACGAUUACAUGGUUGCAUUGUUAGUUAAAGGUCCUAAGGGAUCUUUGGUUUAAUUUUUUUUCAAUAUUGUACAUACUAAACAUAACUGCCCAAUUACCAGUAAUCAACUUUUUCUGACUAUUUUCAUCAUGAAAAUCAGAUUAACCAUAUUCCUUGCUUAGUGUUGUGGUCUGUUCUUUUAUCAAACGGCGUUUUAAGUUCAUUGUUUUCUCUAAUAUUUACCAAUUGAUUGUGAAAACAAAAAAUUCUUUGAGAGUUUUAUUACAGAAUGCAAACUUUA